AAUGAAAAUUAAAGUUCUGUAGCCGGCAUCCAGAUGCUUAGUUGGAAAGCUGCAGCGCCACAGGAAACCGGCACCAUGCGUCGCCCAACGAUACUCUUCGCCACGCUACUGCUGUGUGUAUCACCGUACGCCUGUCUCCCCCAUCCCAGCUGCAAGUACACCGCCACCGCCCCAACCCUCUUGGAAUGCACGACGGGGACUAAAAACCUUCCCGGGGAUUUCGCCGUGGACCUCGUACCCGACGUGGCGACCCUGCGCAUCGGCUGCCCUUCGUACAGCGCGUCGUACUUCUGUAAUACGCUGCAUGAUGACUGUGAGCCCCUCCCCUUCAGACCCGCCCUGUUGACCGUCACCUUACAGGGAUUCCAGUCCGCCAACAAUGGUUCCCGACCACGCUUCGAGAAGCUCCUGCAGAACGUGGCGCCCCACAUCACCGCGCUGCACAUUACGAACAGCAGAAUCGUUUACCUGGAUGCGGAAUUGUUACGAGGGUUUGCCUCGCUCAAAGUGCUGCAGUUAUCGACGGAUUAUGUCCAGGAUAUUGCGCCGACCGCCUUCCAAGCCCUACGGUUUCCGUUGAGGCCGGGGUUUAAUGUUACCGUGUCGUCGCAGCUGACUGAGCUGUUGUUGUUCAGCAACGAGCUUCGAGAGUUCGAUUUAGCGGUUCUUAAGCCGGUAUCAUCGAGCUUGAAUUCUUUGGACUUGAGCAGCCAGAAUCCCGGCUUGACCGCCCUGAUCCGCAGCGGUCGCAGCUUUCCCCUGCGCCUCUCGUCCUUCGCCGUCAACUCCAACGGUCUGACUAACGUCUCGUACGACGUCCUUCGUCCCAUCGGGCCCCGCAACCCCUCAUCUUACACCUUCAACUUCUACACCAACCGCUUCUGUAUGGGCGUCACGUCGCCGACCUGUAGCUGCUGCGAAGUGGAGGAUUUCUUCCACUGGAUGCGCGGUUUACGCAAACCCAACACCAACACCGGUGUAUACUUCUCCUGCAACGGAGCUAGCUGGGAUGCGCGUACCCAGUUCACCAGUGAUGUCUUCCGCAGUUGUCCAUCAAAAAUUGACACCGCGACUAUUUCUGCCUGCUACGAAGCCCCGCCCAUCACGAUAACCUGCAGCAUUGCCGGCGAAAUGACGACCAACGAACCGAAUGUGGAUAAAAGCGACGCUUCUUCGCUAAUCUUCACCGCGAUCAAUGGCUCACACUGCCGCAGCGCCCUCUACGACAUCCAAGGCCAGUUGGUGAAGUUGGCCGACGGCAACACCCACGAUGACUCCAGCGAAAGCUCCCCGGAGGUUAUAACCGCUCACUGCUCCGAAGGGAAGGUCGAGGUUUUCCAACCAAUCACCGCGAGCGUCACCCAGUUAAAGCUGUCAAUCGAUGCGAGCGGCGAAUGCCGAGCGAAGCUGCGGCAGUUCGUUACGUUCAUCUACACGAAAAAGUUCCCGCAACCACCGAAAGAAAACACGGGAGAUGCUUCGGAAACCGUCGGAUUGAUUCCGAUCAGUCGAUGGAUCAACGAGUUCCUCAUUUGCUCGGAGGUGCCUCCGUUGGUGGUCAGCUGCAACGGGACCGCUACGACAUUUUCCUACGACAACACGACGAUUAUUGACGCGACGGAGUUGAUCUUCGAAUCGGACAACAGUCUCCGCUGCCGGAAGAUAGCCAGCAACGUGCACCGGCAUAUUUUAUCCCAGCGCAACACGGUCGUCGAAAGCGGGGUUUCUGAAGACUGGGAACCGGACGCCGUUGUGGCGGCGUGCCAGAAAGAUCAAGUGGUCCUGUCCGAUGGGAACCCGGAGCAGGCGGUCUUCGCCAAUCUUCGCUACUAUUCCGCGCCCAAUCAGCUGUGCCGGGACGCGUUUAACCGUUUCGCUAAAUACCUGUGGUCAUCACUGGCUUAAACGCAUCAUUCUCCAUUAUUUAGUGUCGCGCCUACCUGCGCUUCAGUAUACGCCGUAAAUCCAUUCCCUUUAUGGUCGUCACUGAGUUCGCUAACAAAAUACCGCUUUAGCACGUACAGCUAAUAAAAAAUGUUAGCAUGUCCGACACCGACCAACGCAUCCAUCAUGUCCACUUUCUAAGAAAGUAAGAGUAAAAUUUGCAUUGA